CAUCACGGAGCGGCGCCGGUGGUGUGGCGGCGGGCGCGCGGGCCGCCAUGGCGGACAUGGAGGAUCUCUUCGGCAGCGACGCGGACUCGGAGGCCGAGCAGAAAGAUUCGGACUCUGGAUCUGAAUCUGAUUCUGAUCAGGAGAACGCUGGCUCUGGUAGUAAUGCCUCUGGAAGUGACAGUGACCAGGAUGAUGAUAGAGAGGCAGUAAAACCUAGUAAUAAGGAGUUAUUUGGAGACGAUAGUGAAGAUGAAGGGGCAUCCCAUCACACAGGGAGUGACAACCAUUCUGAAAGAUCCUACAAUCGCUCUGAAGCUUCAGGACAUUCUGAGCAUGAAGAUAAUGAUCAGUCGGAUGUGGACCAGCACAGUGCUUCAGAAGCUGCUCAUGAUGAUGAGGAUGACGAUCGCGGGCAUGGGUCUGAUGAAGGCAGUCAUCAUUCAGAGGGAGAUGGCUCUGAAAAAGCACAUUCAGAGGAUGAGAAGUGGGGCAAGGAGGACAAAAGUGAUCAGUCAGAUGAUGAGGAGAGGCAGCAGAACUCUGAUGAUGAGGAGAGACAGCAGAACUCUGACGAUGAGGAGAAAGCACAGAACUCUGAUGAAGAUGAAAGGCCGCAGGUAUCUGAUGAUGAGGAAAGGCUCCAGAACUCAGAUGAGGAGAAAAUGCAGAAUUCUGAUGAUGAGGAGAGGCCACAAGCCUCAGAUGAGGAGAAGAUGCAGAACUCAGAUGAUGAUGAAAGGGCCCAACACUCUGAUGAGGAGAAAGUACAGAACUCUGAUGAUGAUGAACGGGCCCAGCAUUCUGAUGAGGAGGACCAAGAGCACAAAUCUGUAGAGUCUGCGAGGGGCAGUGACAGUGAAGAUGAAGUCCUGCGAAUGAAGAGAAAGAAACCCAUUGCUUCAGAUUCAGAAGCAGACAGUGAUACAGAAGGACAGAAAGAGCAUGCAGAUGUCAUGGAUCUGUUUGGAGGUGCAGAUGACAUUUCAUCAGGGAGUGAUGGAGAAGAGAAGCCACCAACUCCAGGGCAGCCCAUUGAUGAGAAUGGACUGAGUCAGGAACAACAGGAAGAAGAGCCUAUUCCAGAGACUAGAAUAGAAGUAGAAAUACCAAAAGUAAACACAGACUUGGGUAAUGAUUUGUAUUUUGUGAAGCUGCCCAACUUCCUUAGUGUGGAGCCCAGACCUUUUGACCCCCAGUAUUAUGAAGAUGAAUUUGAAGAUGAAGAGAUGCUUGAUGAAGAGGGUAGAACUAGGUUAAAACUCAAGGUAGAAAACACAAUACGAUGGCGGAUGCGACGAGAUGAGGAAGGGAAUGAGAUCAGAGAAAGUAAUGCACGGAUAGUCAAGUGGUCAGAUGGAAGCAUGUCUCUUCACUUGGGCAAUGAAGUCUUUGACGUGUACAAGGCGCCAUUACAGGGAGAUCACAACCAUUUGUUCAUCAGACAAGGGACAGGUCUACAAGGACAGGCUGUUUUCAAGACAAAAUUAACCUUCAGGCCACACUCUACAGACAGUGCCACUCACAGGAAGAUGACUCUGUCUCUGGCAGAUAGAUGCUCAAAGACCCAGAAAAUCCGUAUUCUGCCAAUGGCAGGUCGGGAUCCAGAGUCUCAGCGGACAGAAAUGAUUAAGAAAGAAGAGGAGAGGUUAAGAGCUUCCAUUCGCAGAGAAUCUCAGCAGCGAAGAAUGCGGGAGAAGCAGCAUCAGCGUGGUCUGAGUGCAAAUUAUUUGGAACCUGAUCGCUAUGAUGAAGAGGAUGAGGGAGAUGAUGCAAUCAGUCUAGCAGCUAUCAAAAAUAGAUAUAAAGGUGGCAUCAGAGAGGAACGUGCUAGAAUCUACUCUUCUGACAGUGAUGAAGGCUCAGAUGAAGAUAAAAAUCAAAGACUGCUCAAGGCAAAGAAACUUACUAGUGAUGAGGAAGGUGAACCUUCUGGAAAGAGGAAAGCAGAGGAUGAUGACAAAGCAAGUAAGAAGCAUAAGAAAUAUGUGAUCAGUGAUGAAGAGGAAGAUGAUGAUUGAGGAAGCACACAAGUUGAUUUUUCUUUUAUAUAUAUAUAUUUAUAUAUAUAUUGUACAGUUCUCUUACACUGAAGAUGUAAGUAACCAUAAUGGGGUUAUUUUGAUAAAGGAAAAUUCCAUUGAAGUCUGAGUUUCUGAUGUGAAUAAAGUUUUUUGACUUCCUUUUA